AUGUACACAGACUACCUGCCUGAACCCGAGUAUACCUCAGACUACGUGGAAGAGAGCAACACAGCCGUACUGUCCAGCACGCUCACCUUCACCCCCAGGCCCAGGCACAACGGCCAGCUGCUGGGCUGCAGGGUCUACUACCCCAACACCACCCUGGUCUACGAGAGACUCAUCUCUCUGGACGUCAAGUGUAAGUGACCAACUGAACGUUGUCACCGAACCUGUAGGUUGAAUCCUAAAAUUCUGUGAGAAGCGUGUCAUUUGGACACAACAGGGGACACAUUAUGUAAUGUGGGGGAUUAUAUAAAUAUAGAAUAACUAAUCCUGACUACUACACCAAAUGUAAUAGUAGCAGUGUUACAUAUAUUUAUGACGCACACAUUUUAGAACCAUUGUCAAUAUCUACAGUCAUCCAUUAUUCUCCAUCUACAGUAGAAGGAUAGCAGCUUGAUUUAGCAAUAUAUUGCAUGAUUAUGACAUGCAUAGGGUAUGUUAGCCUGUCAUCCAAACCUGUUUUUCUACGUGUCACCUUUGUUUUUCUUUGAGAAAAUGAUGAGUGCAGCAUUGGGUCUGGUUUAACCAGGUUAUACACUUGUCACUUUUACAAGUCUAACCCCACCUUCCCCUUCCUCUCACCCCAGAUGCCCCUCGCUCGGUGUGGGUGAACGUGUCCGUGGAGGUGAUGGAGGGCAGCUCCGUGACCCUGCACUGUGAGGUGGACAGUAACCCUCCUCCCAGGAUCUCCUGGCUGUUUGGGGAUCAGGAGCUGCUGUGGGACACGGCCUCCAAUGCCUCGCUCUCCCUGGAAGACUUAACCCCCGCUCAGGAUGGCAUCUACACCUGCGAGGGGCAUAACGGCAACGGCAUCAUGAAAAAUAGUUACAUUUAACCAUUGUAGUUAUAUGUCAACCAAGCUGACAUUUUAGUUUAUGUGACUUGCUGUGACAUAUUUCUUAUAAGUAGUGACGCGCGACAUAUAUAAUGACUUUUUAGUUAUGUGAUAAACCAGGCCCAUAGCUUCUUGCUCUUGUUUAUACACAGUACGUUCUAUCCUCUUUAACUUGCUCCUUUGUUCAACUCCUUUCAUUCUCCUCAUAUCGCUCUACAUUUCAUCCCUUCUAUGUCCUUGCUGCAUGCCGUCAAUGCCGUCAAUGUGCACUGCAGCAUCAGCAACAUGAGUGGCUGUCAUCGCCUUCAUCAUCGCAGCAGUGAGAUAUGUGGGCCAUAACAACAAGAAGUGAGUAUCCACCCUUCACUAACUGUGACAGGGGUCGAUGCGAGUUACAGGUAGUCAUUUCCUGUUUGAAUUGACGAUAAGGAAACACUUCAGCCUAGCCAUCCAUUCUAAAACACCUCUGUGUAUUCGUGAGUGAAUGAUUGAUCGAUGGACGGACCUGAGAAUCAUCUUCAUAAGUUAUGCUAAUGCAAGAGCGAGUUCAUUUAAUUUGCCAUCACUAGUCCCCUUUCUGAAAUCCUCUGAGAUGGAGAUCCAAAAUGGCUGCCUGGUGGAGUGGUGUUAGCAAGCCAGACUAACCGUAGCCUAUAGUUUGAAGGCUCUUUUCCCUGCUUUGAUACUGCUUUGUACCCUUGACUUGCUUAGCUAAAAAUACAGCCAUGGUAGCCUACUUAACUAAGGUGCUUCAGCAUUAUAGCAAUACAUCACAUUCUGACAAAAGCUUUUACAGAUAGUCGCUCCAAGAGACGGUGUCAGCUCAACCGCAACUAAACCCAUGAAACAAUAACCACAACCAUGAACGUCGACCAUAACCAUGAACCAUAUGCCUGGAGACUAUUAACUACGUUGGGAAACAGGCCCUUGUUUUAAAAUGGAUGCUCAGGCUUGGAGUGUCGCCCUGAGUUAGUUAGUUAGUGGCCAUGAGACCGAGUCUGAUCUUGUGACUCCAUCCCCCAGAGAGAAUGGCAACCCUGGGCAGGACCUGUUCUCUAAACUGGAGAAACCAGUGAUGUACUACAGCACAGUCAAGAAGGACAAACAAUGUUUGAGGAAGAAAGUGGUGAGACAUGUUGAUGAUGAUGACUAUGAGGAUGAGAAUGACUAUUCUCAGAUCUGUCUUAGACGGGAGAAUGAUAGCUGACCCGUUGCUAGUGCUGAUACUAUACUAUACCCGUUCAAUUCAUGUCCCUUUUUUGAUCUACAUUCCGUGGAGAUACUCAUUAAUUAUCAAAAACCUACAGUCGUGGUCAACAGUUUUGAGAAUGACACAAAUACUAAUUUUCACAAAAUCUGCUGCCUCAGUUUUGAUGAUGGCAAUUUGCAUAUACUCCAGAAUGUCAUGAAGAGUGAUCAGAUGAAUUGCAAUUAAUUGCAUAGUCCCUCUUUGCCAUGAAAAUGAACUUAAUCCCAAAAAACAUUUCCACUGCAUUUCAGCCCUGCCACAAAAGUAUCAGCUGCCAUAUUGUCAGUGAUUCUCUCGUUAACAAAGGUGAGAGUGUUGACGAGGACAAGGCUGGAGAUCACUCUGUCAUGCUGAUUGAGUUAGAAUAACAGGCUGGAAGCUUUAAAAGGAGGGUGGUACUUGAAAUCAUUGUUCUUCCUCUGUUAACCAUGGUUACCUGCAAGGAAACACGUGCCGUCAUCAUUGCUUUGCACAAAAAGGGCUUCACAGGCAAGGAUAUUGCUACUAGUAAGAUUGCACCUAAAUCAACCAUUUAUCGGAUAAUCAAGAACUUCAAGGAGAGAGGUUCAAUUGUUGUGAAGAAGGCGUCAGGGCGCCCAAGAAAGUACAGCAAGCGCCAGGACCGUCUCCUAAAGUUGAUUCUGCUGCGGGAUCGGGGCACCACCAGUGCAGAGCUUGCUCAGGAAUGGCAGCAGGCAGGUGUGAGUGCAUCUGCACGCACAGUGAGGUGAAGACUUUUGGAGGAUGGCCUGGUGUCAAGAAGGGCAGCAAAGAAGCCACUUCUCUCCAGGAAAAACAUCAGGGACAGACUGAUAUUCUGCAAAAGGUACAGGGAUUGGACUGCUGAGGACUGGGGUAAAGUCAUUUUCUCUGAUGAAUCCCCUUUCCGAUUGUUUAGGGCAUCCGGAGAAGACAAGGUGAGCGCUACCAUCAGUCCUGUGUCAUGCCAACAGUAAAGCAUCCUGAGACCAUUCAUGUGUGGGGUUGCUUCUCAGCCAAGGGAGUGGGCUCACUCACAAUUUUCCCUAAGAACACAGCUAUGAAUAAAGAAUGGUACCAACACAUUCUCAGAGAGCAACUUCUCCCAACCAUCCAAGAACAGUUUGGUGACGACCAAUGCCUUUUCCAGCAUGAUGGAGCACCUUGCCAUAAGGCAAAAGUGAUAACUAAGUGGCUUGGGGAACAAAACAUCAACAUUUUGGGUCCAUGGCCAGGAAACUCCACAGACCUUAAUCCCAUUGGGAACUUGUGGUCGAUCCUCAAGAGGCGGGUGGACAAACAAAAACACACAAAUUCUGACCAACUCCAAGCAUUGAUUAUGCAGGAAUGGGCUGCCAUCAGUCAGGAUGUGGCCCAGAAGUUAAUUGACAGCGUGCCAGGCCGGAUUGCAGUGGUCUUAAAAAAGAACACUGCAAAUAUUGACUCUUUGCAUAAACGUAAUGUAAUUGUCAAUAAAAGCCUUUGACACUUAUGGAAUGCUUGUAAUUAUACUUCAGUAUACCAUAGUAACAUCUGACAAAAAUAUCUCAUAACACUGAAGCAGCGAACUUUGUGAAGACCAAUACUCAAAACUUUUGACCACGACUGUAUAUGACCUCUUAUGUUAAAGAGAAAAUGUAAACUUCCCCAGCCAACUACUGACCUAGCCUGAGAGUCCCAGUACCACUAUAGCUAUCUAUCACAGUACCUCUGGAGUAGCUGCGACCAUAGCCUUUCCAAACCACUGUUUUCUGCUUCAUCGCUUCUCUGCGUUCUUCUGUCUCUUUUUCUCUUCCCUAACUCUUGCACAGCUUAAGAGAGCUUCUGGGCUCAAAGUUUACCUCCAUUCUAGAGGAGAGUACGGUAAGGUACCUAAACAACCCCACCCCAAUCCCAACUCCAGGUCUCAGUGGUAGACAGCAUCCCUCACACAUCCCAGACAGCAAAAUUAUAUGAUGGCCCAAAUUCGGCCCUUAUUUACAGUAUUACGACUUACCAUAUGGCCCAGUUAACCACUUAGUGUUACGGUCCUGAAGUGGAACUAUAGCAUGAAAUGCCCAGAUCUUGCCUGUCAAGGUGGAUGUGGCCCACAUUCAGACCUAAAGUAGCCCAGUAACUAGGAAAAGUUGUUACGGCCACACAACUCAAGCCAGAGAUGGCCCAUCAGCAAAGUGCCAACCCUCUCCCAGUCCGCAUCUCCUACAUUCGGACCAGAUCUGGGCCAUAUGACGCAUUGUGGUGCCAGAACUGAGCCAUACUGUAUGUGUCACCAAACAACCAGAUCUGGCUCACAGUCGUCUGCUGUCUGAGAUCCGCUUCCAUGUGCUGUAUUGCCUUUGAUUUCCAUGACUGCUGUUGUAUGGCUGCCUCGAUACCAACAGGAUAUGCUAAACCUACUCAAUCUCCUUGUCUUACACCUCUGCUCACCAAUAACAACUAACCCUCCUUUCUCCUCUCUCAAUGCCUGUCAUGUUAUCACUUUAUACGGUCUAUGUUCUGAGGUGUCAAUGGCAUUGGUGGCACUGUGCUGGUAUAAUCUGUGAUUCUGAAUGGACCUUCUCUCUUUCCGUACCUUCAACAGGGAGAAGACGGAGAUGAUCAACCUGUGGGCUCUAUGGCAGCCCUGGAGAGGCAACAGCUGAACUACGCCGCCCUGGAGUUUCUGGGGGGGCGCUCCAGGGAUGGGGGGGCCAUAGGGGGGGGGGGGGGGGGGGGUGACGGCAGCGACUACACCGAGAUCAAAGCCAAAUGA